AGAACAGCUUAAAAGUACGGCAGAGAAAAUUAUCAGAGAAAAUCUCCAAGAAACUAAUAAAAAUUUAUUAGAAGCUGAAAUAAAUCUACCAGAGAAAGCACCAACCCAGCAAAAAAAAUCUGAUAAAGAAAAUUAUCGGAGAACAGAGAAAUUACCAAAGAACAGCUCCAAACCCGGUGAAGAAAGUUGUCAGAGAACAAAUUCAAAAUUUCCAAGAAACCUACCAGAGAACAGUUCCAAAUCUGGAGAAGAAAAUAGCUCCAAAUCUGGCAAAGAAAAUUACCAGAAAACAGCUUCAAAAUUUCCAAGAAACCUACCAGAAAAGAACUUCAAACCCGGCGAAGAAAAUUAUGAAAGAAAAACUCCAAAUCUGGAGAAGAAAUUACAAGGGAAAAUCUCCAAACCUGGCAAAGAAACUAGAAAGCUGAAGCUGAAUUAUAUUAGAGUGAAGAAAAUUACCAGAAAACAUUCUAAAAAACCUACUCCUUACCCACGAAGAAAAUUAUUAGAGAACAACUCCAAACCUAAUUGA